UUUAAAAGUUAACUGUUGGGUCUGUGCGUUUUCCGCAGCGGAAGCUUGAAAGGCGGAAAACAUGGCUGCCUUGGCGAUGGCCACCAAGGGCUCAGGCUGGGUUUUCUGUCUCUUUGCUGGCGUAAGGAAGGGCGCUGUUUCCUCUGGUGCAGUUGCAUCAUGGAGAUGGGGGUGUAGUUCAUACAGUGAACAGUUGUCCAGUAAGGCAGACAUGCCUGUGUCAGUGGACAAUUCCUAUAAGGAGCCUCCUAAAAAGUGUGUCUUAUGUGGGGUAACUGUUGACUACAAAAAUGUACAGCUUUUAUCACAGUUUAUUUCGCCACACACUGGUCACAUCUUUGGAAGGCAUAUAACACUAACAGGCUUAUGUGCGAAGAAACAGCGAGAGGUUAAGAGCCCACAAAUGGGUUUUAUGUCGGUUAUAUUUAAGGACCUAACAUUCCUCAGCGACCCUAAAGUAUGUUGUAUCAAAUAUCCAGAAUGAAUUGUGUUAACUGUACUUAAUAAAACUGAUUUUGUAACUGA